AUGAACGGCGAAUCUCAACCUUUUUUGUUUCAUCCUCUCUGGGCAUCUAGACGGAGAAAGAAGGGACGAGUGUAUCCGGGCCAUGAUCCGAUCCAUAUUUUAUCUGUAUAUUCCGGCAGAGCAUAUCGAUAUCGGGAUCCCUCCAAGCCGGCUCUGGGACAGCAUCAAAAGUCCUUCGUUCCUCCUUGCAAUGAGCAGGGACCAGGGAAGAUGUAUGAGGCUGGUAAGGGUAAAGGCACUAUCGGACAUGGGAUUUUUUAUAUAGAAAAUACUCCUCGUGUAAAUGGAAGUAUGUCACAUGGGUGUGGCCUUAAAUUCAUCCAUGAACCACUGCUUCUCCAUAGAAAAUCCACGAAUUUGGCCGAGUUGGCUCUAAUUCAAUGCCUGUCUCCAUCGAGAGUUCCCGGAUAUGCUGGGAAUCCUCUCAAGGAUGGAGGUGGUCGUCUAAGAACUGCUGGGUCCAGGAUAGUUCACAGUGCUCAUUCUAUCGAUACUGGGAAAGAAAAAAAAAGAAUGUUUACACUCAAUUUUCAUUACGAAGAUGUAUCACGUCAGGAUCCGUUGCUCAAACCGAAUCACGCCAACGUUAUGGAAGUUCCUGGAUCGUGUAAAAUAAGAGUAGUACCAAAGGCAGCACCCUCUGAUUUCAUAAUAAAAAAUGGAAAAUUGGCUAUGGAGAUUCCGUGCGGUCAGAAAUUAAUACAGACACAAAGGGCUUCGACAGGAAAGGAGUUUCGAUCCAAUCCAUUCUUGGGAAAAAAUCAAGACAAAAAAGGAUAUGUCAGUGACCUAGCACGGCAAAGCACUCUCCGAGGGCAUGGAAUGUCUCAUUUUUUGGUAAGAAUCUCCGCAGUAAUGUCUCUGUUAGAUUUUCCGGUCGAAAUACGGGAAAAGUCCAUUCAAUUCUUGAUGGAAAUGGAGUUUUGCGAAUUCUCCCCGGAACUGGAAGAUCAUUUCGAGAUCUUCGAACAUAUUCGAGGGUUCAAUGUCACUAUUGUAACUUCGGCCAACACACAAGAUGAGACUUUACCACCGUGGAGCGGCUUUUUUCAAAAAGAUGAGGGGGAAAGUCAGUAA